UUCACCCUCUGGUUCUAUAAUCAGGAAAUGAUCAAAUUUUGAGUUUAACAGGAAAAUGGAGUUUCCUUAAACUUGUUAUUUUUGUUGUUUUCCCCAGUUUAUAAACAGGAUUAGUUUGCUCCUCAGAGUGUUUCAUUCCCAGUCCCUGGUUGGAACAGGGAGAGUGGAUUCCCAGAAUGUUGCUGAUCCUUUUCUCCAUCUCCCUGGGUUUUUCCUGGGUCUCUCCCGACACAAACUCACACACGGUGAUAUACACUGUAACCUCCGGCAUUGAAGAGUUUCCUGAGAUUACACAUGUUGGGAUGGUCAAUGGAGUCCAAAUAGAUCAUUAUGACAGUGAGGUCCGUCGGUGCAUCCCCAGGCAGCAGUUCAUGGCUGAAUAUUUCGAUAUGAAACACUGGGACUAUGUCUCAGAUCUGGUGAAGUCACAUUCACACCUGGCAAAGGAGAGUCAGAAUGAAAUACUGAAGAUGACAAAUCAGACAUCCGGAAUUCACACUCUUCAAUGGAUUCGAUCUGUUGUGAUCACUGAAGACGGCUCCAUGAAGAGAUCGAUGCGGUUUGGAUUAGAUGGAAAGGACUAUAUUAGUUUAGAGCCAGACAGAAUGAGAUGGGUCGCAAGCAAUCACUUUGCAGUGAAGACUAAGGAAAAAUGGGAUUCUGAUGAAACCUGGAACAACUACUGGGAAAACUAUCUACAACAAGUAUUUGUUCCACAUCUGAAGAAAUAUUUACGAGCUGGGAAGGAAUAUUUUGAAAGGAGAGUUCAGCCUGAAGUGUUCAUCUCCAGAAAUGACCCCGAUAGUCAGUACAAGCCGCUCACUCUCUCCUGUCUGGUUACUGGGUUUUAUCCUGUAGACAUCGAGGUGAGCUGGCUAAGGAAUGGAGAGGUAAUGUCUGAGACACUAUCCUCGGGGGUUCGACCCAACCACGAUGGGACCCAUCAGACCCAGAAAGAGAUUGAAAUAAAUGCUGGGGAUGAGGAUCAAUACUCCUGUCAAAUUGAACACAGCAGCCUGGCAGAGACCCAGCUCUAUCAGUGGGAAAUCCCGGGAAACAGUGCAGGACGCUCCCAUCUUGGAAUGAUAUUUGGAUUAGUCGCUGCACUGGCUGCUCUACUUCUGAUAAUCGGAAUAAUCAUCUGGAACAGCAAACAGAGAGCUUCUGAUGUCACUGUUCCAGAACGUUCCAGCAGCUAAAGGGGAGGCGAUGGCGUAGUGGUAUUGUCAUAGCAGGAGUAAUCCAAACAUUGAGUAAUUCAAACACCCAGAAUAAUCCUCUAGGGUCCUGAGUUCAAAUCCCAUCUUAACAGAUAACCAUAAUGCUGCCUUACCCUCCCAGACACUGUUAAAACCUUUCAGACUAAUUUCACUGUCCUCCUGACUGUGUCUCACCCUCCCAGACACUGUUAAAACCUGUCAGACUAAUUUCACUCCCCUCCUGACCCUGUCUCACCCUCCCAGACACUGUUAAAACCUGUCAGACUACUUUCACUGCCCUCCUGACCCUGUCUCACCCUCCCAGACACUGUUAAAACCUGUCAGACUAAUUUCACUCCCCUCCUAACCCUGUCUCACCCUCCCAGACACUGUUAAAACCUGUCAGACUAAUUUCACUGCCCUCCUGACCAUGUCUCACCCUCCCAGACACUGUUAAAACCUGUCAGACUAAUUUCACUGCCCUCCUGACCCUGUCUCACCCUCCCAGACACUGUUAAAACCUGUCAGACUAAUUUCACUGCACUCCUGACCCUGAACCGAUUGCCCUGUUUCUGUCCAUUCCUUACCUCGUGGGUUUACUGUGUUCCACUACAGGACAUUCCCAGAGCCUCAUUGAUGAAUAACUGGAUUUGCCUGUUCUAGUGUGAACAUGGACAUCAUCGUCUAUCCUUCCAUAUCACAGCAGACAGACAGAAUCACAGCUCAUUGUUUACACUGAGUGCUUUGAUGGUGGAGAUCGAUUUUACCUGGGAAUGUGCUUCCACAGAUUGAACAGUGGAUCCUGGAUCCACCAGGUUGGGAUCCUGAUUCUUCAAGUGAGACUUUCUCAAGUAGUGUUUCUAUCCAGGAUCCACAAUGUGAUGGCUCUCACAGUCGAAGGGAACUUCAGGGAUGAUUUUCCAUCACACUUUCAUAUUUUCAGCAACUUGUUCAGGUUGAGUGAUUAACGUGAACAGAGUUAAUGUCUUGAGGGAACUGAGAGAGACACAUUUUAUAUUGAUAGAAGCUGAUCUAUUUUGCACUUUCUGUUAUGUCAGAUUUAUGCUGUUAUAUAAUGUACAUUUGUAAAUUUUGCAACUAAAAAGUAUUUACAGAGCUAAAACACAUUUAUAUCCUCAAUGUUUCACCACAAGUGCUGAUAAUUGUGGUUUGUUGUCAAUAAAUAAUUGUCAGUA